AUGACAAGCAUAAUUUUGCGAGAACUAAUCAAACCAGCAUCUCCGGCCCCUUUUCAUCUCUGUGACUAUAAUCUUUCGCCGCUUGAUCAACUUGCCCCAGAACUGAAUGUACCAUGUACUCCAAUUGCUCGUCUUGUUGGGGUGCAACUCAAUCCUUUUGCCUGUGGUGGGAUAGCUCCUUCAUCACUCAUUGGUCAUGUGGCAUGUUAUGGCUCCCUUGACCACAAAAAGGUAUCGCGGUUUAAUCCUCAUUUUAUUCAUACCCCAUUGACCAAUUCUGUAAGGCCAGAAUAUGAAGUCAUAGAUCAAAAGUGUGUGAAUCCUGUCACAAGGAAAUUUAUGUUUCCUAACUCUAAACUAAGUGACCUACGGAACAAGGUUAUGCCAUCUGUAGCAGCUGGAUCUGCACCACCUAUAAAGAAUCCUACACGGGUCGAACUAUUGACUUCUCUACUUUAUAAAACUGCAAUGGCAGCAGCCACAACAAGAUCUGGUUCAUUCAAGCCAUCUCAUUUGUAUUUUCCGAUGGAUAUAAGAAACAAAUAUGUCCAAAAAUUUCCCCAAACUUCCAUGGGAAACUUCGUAUUCCAAAGAAUCCAACAAGCAGCUGAAAACAGGAAAGAGAUAUUGCUGUCCAAAUUGGGAGACACAGAAUCUGCCAAGACAUCAUGUUGGUGUCUGAGCAUAUGUGGGUUUCCUUCAUACCAUAUUGAUUUCGGAUGGGGGAAGCUCAUGGAUACAACGUCUUCACUUAAGGAAGCAAAUAUGAGUGGUUUCCUUCUGAAGGAUGCUCCAGAUGGUGCAGGAACUGAAGCCUUGAUAAUUUUGGAGAAAGAAACCAUGGCGAUAUUUGAGAACAAUAAGGAAAUGCUUUCAUUUUGCCAAACUUAA